AUGAUAGGCCUUCCACCUUCAACAUCAAAUAAAGUUAUUGAUUUCUUAAUUCACUUGAGGAAAAACCACAGAUUGACCACGGAAAUAAGAAUGCUCUUAUGUAAUGGGGGUAAUUUUUGUGCUACUCAUUAAAAAAGAGCACACUAUUAACAUGUACUAGAUGAACAUUUAUAAAUAAGUGAAGACUUUUUGUUUGAUUAUUUAAGUGGAAAAAUUAGAAGUAAAAAGGCAAGAAAGGAGAUAAGGAAUAAACUAUUGGAUUUAACCAAAAUUGAAGUAAAGAAAAUAGAUAUGAAAUAGUGA